GGCCGAGGGAAUUAGGCGGCAAAGGAAAAGCUAAAGCCUCGUCACCACCACCCAACCCUGCACACUUCUUUCUUCCUCAUCGAUGGAUACCAAAACUAUGGCGGAAAAGAAGCAGGCGAAGCUCCUCGCGGGCGUGGCACCCCCCCCGGUCAAUCCAAUCAGCAGCAACGAAGAAGGCGGCGCCACCACCGGCUGGCGAUCUGUCCGAUAUCUUCCCAAGCGCCGGUUCGCGGUCUGGGGCUGCGGCCUCACCGUCGCCGUCCUCGGCAUCGUCGUCCUUACCCUGUCCCUCACCGUGUUCAAGGUCGAAGAACCCACCCUCACCAUGAACUCCAUCAGCUUGACGAGCUUUGACGUCGAUAUUUUUACGGCCGACAGACCCAUGUCGCUGAACGCGACGCUUACCGCCGACAUCUCGAUAAAGAACCCGAACGCGGCGGUGUUCAGGUUCAGUAACAGCACCACCGUGUUCUACUACCAUGGGGAGACCGUCGGGGUGGCGUACGCGCCGAGCGGCAGGGUUUCAGCCCACCGGACGGCGAGGAUGAACGUGACGGUGGACGUGCUCGUCGACCGGGCGGUGACGCAGAUUAACGAGACGUUGAGCCUGCUAAGGGGCCGGGAGCUGAUCCUUACGAGCUUCACGGAGUUAAAUGGGAGUGUGGACGUGAUAGGGAUUAACAAACGGGACAUAUACGUGAUGACCAACUGUAGCAUGAAAUUGGAGGUGUCUCCCUUCUCGCAGAAGAUCAUUAACACGGUCUGUCUGGCUAGCGUCAACUGAAGGAAGACGGUUUGGGAUCUAUGCCUCAUAGAUUUCUAAGUUUUUCUCUUCCCUACUUGUGUGCCGUUGUAGGAGAUUUGUGCGUACAAAUUAUGUUUUGGUAAUGCUAUAUCUAUACAUUUAUAUAUAUUUAUA